UGUCAGUAUAGAAAUGCCUUACUACAUGAUAUAUAACUGUAAUAAUUUCUCUGUUUGCAGGUUGCAGUGUGAGGUGAAGCUGCAGAGGCAGCAGCUCUCUGACUCCCAGCACCUCCUUCAGUCACUGCGAGUGGAGCUGCAGGUUCAUGAAAAGAUCAAGACUGACUGUCAUAAACACGCAGUAUCCAGCGAGACAACCCAGGAGCCACUUCCUGUCCCUUCCUCUGGCUCGGUGGACCUGAGUGAGCUGCUGUCAGAGAUCAGACACCUGAGGCUGCAGCUGGAGAGGAGCAUCCAGACCAACACAGCUCUGCGACAGAGACUGGAGGAGCAGCUGCUCAGAGGAACCAACCGCUCUGAGACCAUCAACAUCAACUACCUGCUGUCCUCUCCAGAUGAAGGGGGCAGUUCACCAGGUCGCGAGGGCUACAAUCUUCGUCGCUCAUCUCAGUCUUACAAUGAACACACGAGCGUCCUACAUGGUGAGACACGUGGUGUUCUCUCCGGCAGCUCCGUCAGCAGCAGCUCAGGUGACAGCGUCUCUGGUGCUCCUUCUCGCCUGGUGCCGGGUCACAGAAUGUGGGCCAAUCGCAAUGGCCGCCAUGUCUUGGGCCUGAUAGAGGACUACGGCGCCCUGCGCAGGCAGAUCUCCGAGGGUCGAAAGCUGUCGCGCAGCAUGGACUCACAGCUGCAGGAGUGUCUGCACACACUCAGGCAGCAGGACUCUGACAAGGUGAUAGAACAACAGCAUCUGAAGAGUGUGUGCUGCAGCAUGAACACCAUGCAGCAGGUGUUAGAAGAGGCCGGUCGACUGCUCAAACUGGUGUGGAGAGUCUCUCUGCCAACUGGAAACAUCACAGUGGACACUGGCGACAACCAGCAGGACGAGUUGCUGAAAAACGAGAUAGCCAGACUGAAAAGCCGGCUGUCGCAGCAGGAGAGGAUGCUGAGUGGAGCCGUGAAACGCCUCCGCACCACCAACCAGCUCAAAGAGGGAAUGGAGAGGGUCAUCAUUGAUCAGUUGUCUCUAACCCAUGGAGUAUUGAAGAAAGCCAGGGGGAACAUGGAGACAAAUUACUGUACGCUCUUUGGCCUGAAAGGCCUGUCUGGAGGACCAGACAAAGGAGGUGCCAGUCAAUGGUCAGUAGGGGGCAGUAGACCCCCUCAGCCUGAGCAGAGGAGUGGACCUGUUUUCAAAGAGACUCCAGACAGAGAGUCUGACUCGUCAGAGGAUCACAACAGUGAUGUUUCUUUGCACUGCAGCUUCUGAAUCAACAACCUACACUGCAGCUUUUCAAAAUGUAGCGACUUAAUGUCCAUCAGGCUUUUUUUUUUUCCUGCUGUAAAACCGUCACCUUACUCUCUAGAACUCCUUCCUUUUUUUUGUAUUUCUACUUGCACAAAACCUGCCUAUAAUUUGAUUUAUCUUAGGUACUGAAGAUGUAAAAGUUUCUUUUAAAGAAAAAAAGCCUUGUAAUUUUAAUAUUUUUCCUGUUAUUUUAUAUGCUGAUUGCAGAACAUGAAGAUGUAUUUUAUUACUGACUAUAUUUGAACCUUUUGUUUUCACCUGACAGUUUAUGUAUUGGACACUUCACAGCUACCAUGUCAUGAGUUUUGUGCAGUAAACGGUGAAAAUCCCA